AUGACAACUGCCAAUGAGGGAAGCAACAGAAAUCCCUUCUCUGGGAUGUCCACGGGUCAUGUUCACCACGUGAAAGCCCCAGUUCCCAGAGUUGGGCCCGGCCGGGUGGCGGUGCCGGUUUCCCCGUCGCUGACGGUUCCUCCUCCAGCUGCCCGGGCCGCGGGGUGGGACCUGGAGGAGCGGCAUUUCCAGCAGGUGCGGGACCACUUCAGCUUCGAGACGUGUGGCAACGAGACCUUCCCGCAGCGGUACCUGGUCUCAGCAAAGUUCUGGAAGAAAGGAUUUGGACCCAUCUUUUUCUAUACUGGCAAUGAAGGUGAUAUCUGGACUUUUGCUCAGAACUCUGACUUCAUAUUUGAAUUGGCAGAAGAACAGCAAGCACUUGUGAUUUUUGCUGAGCAUAGGUACUAUGGGAAGUCUCUUCCAUUUGGACUUGAGUCAACGCAGCUGAAGAAGACUGCUCUGCUUACCGUGGAACAAGCCCUCGCUGACUAUGCAGUGCUAAUUACUGAGCUUAAGCAGCAGUAUGGUGCUGCAGACUGCCCUGUCAUUGCUUUUGGAGGCAGCUAUGGAGGAAUGCUGAGCGCUUACAUGAGGAUGAAAUACCCAAACCUCGUGGCUGGAGCAUUAGCUGCCAGUGCUCCUCUGUUGUCUGUGGCUGGUCUUGGAGAGCCCACCCAGUUCUUCAGAGAUGUAACAGCAGAUUUUCAGAAGUCCAGCCCCAGUUGUGUUACAGCUGUCCGUAAAGCCUUCCAGCAGAUUAAGGAUCUGUGCUUGAGAGGAGCCUACAAUGAAAUCAGCAGCAAAAUGUCCACGUGCAAUAAGAUCUCUAACAGGGAGGAUGUUUACCAGCUUUUUGGGUUUGCUAGAAAUGCCUUCACCAUGAUGGCCAUGAUGGACUACCCUUACAAAACCGAUUUCAUGGGUCACCUCCCUGCCAAUCCCGUGAAGGUCAGCUGUGAACAAAUCCUUGCCCACACAGACCCAAUUCAAGGCCUGGCUGCUCUUGUUGGGGUGUUCUACAACUCCUCCAGCUCAGCGCAGUGUUAUGACAUAUACCGGCUGUACCAGGCCUGUGCUGACCCCACAGGCUGUGGCAGCGGCCCGGACGCUGAGGCCUGGGACUACCAGGUUUGCACCGAGAUCAACUUAACUUUCAACAGCAAUAAUGUGACCGACAUGUUCCCCGAGAUGCCCUUCACGGAGGCCAUGCGAGAGCAGUACUGUCAGAGCAAGUGGCACGUGAGGCCACGAGCACACUGGCUGCAGACAAACUUUUGGGGAGGAGACCUGAAAAGUGCAAGCAACAUCAUUUUUUCAAAUGGAGACUUGGACCCAUGGGCUGGAGGUGGGAUAAACAGCAGCCUCAGUCCUUCACUAAUUGCACUGACAGUUAAAGGAGGGGCUCAUCACCUAGAUCUCCGAGGACACAACCCCGCUGACCCCCCGUCCGUCACAGAGGUGCGCAAGCUGGAAGCGAGCAUCAUCAACAGCUGGGUGAAAGCUGCACAGAUGGAGAGGGCAAGGCAGAAGCACUCAGGAGCUCCCGCGGGCAGACAGUUGUGACUGCACCCAUCCCACAGCCCCUGGUGGGUGGGAGGCUGCCACCAGCACACAGACAGACAGCAGCCUCUGAGCUGGGCCUCUGCUCUUUGGGAAGUGUGAUCUCCUCGGCCCUGACUGUGGAAAUUCACCUUUCUGGAGUGUCCCACCUGCCCCUAAUCAAGCAUCAGAACAAAAGCAAAAGGACAAAUCACUGACUAAAGCAUGAGAAGGCAUUGUAAAUGGUAGAAAUAAUAAAAGCUGGCCUGAAGGCCCAAGAAUCAUCACUGUCCUGAACAGACGGUUGCAGGAGGCACCUGAAGGUUGAAGCUAAAUUAUUUUUAGACAAAAAGUAAAUACUAGAUGACUAGUGGAAAAGCAGAGGUAUGGUCAUUACUUACACAAGUUCACAGGGGACUCCACUAGUCACCAGUUAUGUCAGCCUCAUCCAGUACUGUGGGUUUGGUUUUUUGUUUGGUUUUGGUUUUAACUUGCACAAGAGAUCUCCAGUUGGUGAGCUGGUAUUUACACAAAGAAAUCCUGGUGUGUACUGCUGUCACUGAAGGGCUGCCUAUUGAUGACCAGUAAAGCACACUUCCACUUGAGACAUCUUCAGAUCUUUUUUAAAUAAAUUACAAGUUUAUUAAAGUGAUAUAAUUGCAUGGCUUGGUAGUAUAACCAAAGAAGAUAAAAAAGGAUACUUCUCACCUUUCCAGGUGGAGUAUACUCAUCUUUGCACAUAGACAGGUGGAUUCUUACCUACUGGAAUUACUAUGCACCAAUUAAUACUAGCGUAAUUGCAAAAAUAUUAAAUCCUGGUAAUCAACUGGAUGCCUCAGUCUGUCCAUUUACAAUGAUUUUACAAGUUAGCGAAGCCCCCGGGGUCACAGACUCACAUUACUUAUACAGGCAAAGUCACAGCACUGCUUCAGCUUUUGUUACACUGCUCAAGCACAAGGCUUUGUGUUGAGCGUUUGCACAGCUGGGCCCACCCUGCCAUCACAGUACAAUUGGUUCCCAGAGCUACGAUGUCACUCACUAAUGUUAUUUCACAAUAUUCAGCUGCUGAGAAAAGGGUUUUUUUGCAUAUGACUUCCUUACCUCUUCCCUGUUCUUAAGUACAAAAGGGCCAAAGCUUCCGCUCCCCACACCCACACCCCCCGCUGAAGAGCCACAGCAGAUGAAGUCCAUUUACCAGACCUCUCAGAUAUGUAUAAAUGAAGGACAACGUAUGGAGGACCUGAUAAGUCAAACUCCAGUCCUUCAAGA